AUGCGAACUCCAGCUUUGCGUCGCCAGCGUGGAGGAACUGGAGCCGAACCUAUCAAGCCGGACCCAGAUGCUUCCAUCCAUGGCCAGGAAGUGACGACUGUUGUUACGAGCUACGACGGAGCGCCAACGCUGAGUCCCGUAGACAGGCCUUCUCGUCAGGGCAGAUCAAAUGCUCCAGCGCCUAGUGAGCGUAGCAUAGAAUCUGGCCCACUCUUCAGAGAAAUCAGAACUCGUCCCAUUGUCAAUCGCAUGUCCUUGGAAAGCCCAACCAGCAACCAUGACGACAGUUUCUUUCAUACAUCGUUCCAAGAUAUUGGCAAGAAGCUCAAGGCAUGCAAUGACACCCUUGGCGAGCUACAGCAGCUGGGCGUGUCUCAUGAUGUCCAGUUGCCAGAACUGGUCCUUGUUGGUGACCAGUCGGCUGGGAAAUCCAGUCUCAUGUCCGGCCUUGCUAAUCUGGAUCUGCCCAGAAGCGAGGGCACUUGCACACGAUGCCCUCUUCACAUUCGAGUUUCCCGCAAUAGCGACUGGUCCUGCCGUGUUUGGCUCCGCAAAGAAUACUCGUUCCAGCCGCCUACUGAUCGACCUAUUGCUGAGUCGGAUGUGACGGAUGAAGACCCCUUUUUCCCAUGGCGCAAGCAACCUGUCUCGGCGGUGCACGAGUUCAAGACGAUGCAGGAUAAGAGUCAGAUUGAAGAGGUGUUGAGAUGGGCCCAGAUUGCUAUACUGAAUGACGACAAGCACCAUGCUCUGUUCAUCCCAGGCUCUGGUGGCAUUGCAGUCAACGCUCCAAUUGAGGACGCCGCGGCAGGGACUGUUGCCAAAUUCUCGCCUAACGUGGUGGCUUUAGAGAUCAAAGGCCCUGAUUUGCCUGACUUGUCCUUUUAUGACAUGCCAGGUAUCUUUCAAAACCCGGCGGAUGCAAAAGACGAUUACUUGGUAAGCGUGGUGCGCAACCUGUCCAAAGCUUAUAUUCAGCACCCCUCCGCCAUCAUCAUUUGCUCCAUGCCCAUGAAUAGUGACGCCGAGAAUUCGUCUACUUUUGGUCUCACUCGGAGAUUGGGUGCAACCUCGCGAACUAUUGGUGUUCUUACUAAAGCUGAUCUGCUUCCCGAAGCAGGAAACCAUGACCAGUGGUUGGCUAUCAUGAAAGGUUGCACUCAUCACACGGGUUUGGGAUAUUUUAUUACAUCGCGCCCUCAAGGCAAGGACUUGGAUGAGCUGAAAAAGUGGGAAGAAGUGGUAUUCGAAUCCCAUUCUGUUGGAAACUGGCCAUCUGAGUUUCAUGAAUUCUCCGAGCGAUGUGGAGUUGAAAAGCUUAAAUCGUUCCUCUCUGAACGUUUGGGCGAGGAAUUUGCCAAGAGUCUCCCCAACAUCAAGCAUAAAGUCAAGCACCACCUGGACAAGAUCACGAAGCAGCUCGCGAACCUUCCAGAACUUCCGCACAACGUUGAGCUGGAGAUUCAGACGGGGCUAAUGACAUUUGCCGACUCUGCGCGGCUCGAGCUGGAUAGGUUUAACAAGCACUUCAGCGCUCUGCCGUGCAAUUUUCGUGACUGUUUACUAGAAAUCAAACCUAGGUUCACUCUCAAAGACAAGUCUGAUUUUCCUGUCCUCGAGAUAUCAGACGAUGAAUCGGACGCAGCAUCUUUUACAGCAACUACUCCAACCGCCAAAAGGCACGCGGCGCCUGCCACCACAACUCCUUCCAAGCGGCCUCGUCUGGAUUCUGCCUUGCAUGGGACCUCUUUCAACGGCCGCAUAAAGCCCGAGGAACAACAGAUUGGGCUUCCUGUACGCGGGACAAUGCCCCCCCGCGCGACUCCUGCGAAAAAACCAUUUCUUGCCGAACCGUUUGCUGAGUUUACCCAUAUUGGCCGUGGCUUCCGUACGCUUCGUCAAGUUCGUGACGAGAUUGACGCAAAGACCAAGGCUGGCAUGCCUGAUCACAUACCUGCUGAAGUGUACCGGGACCUUGUAGCUGAAGCAGUACGACCAUGGAAUAAGCCUAUGGAUGCCUUCAUUAAGCAGACAAUGCGAGAACUACAGUCAGUCUUGGAAUGUGCCCUUAACAAAGCGUUAGAGGGACUUAAGAAGAGAUUUAUUUAUCCGGAGGCUAAAAGACACCUGCGAAACUUUCUCGAAGAACACCGCAAGGAAACGGAGCACCAUCUCGUCCUCCGCUACAGCGAAGAAAAAGAAUGCCUGCUCACUUUUAACGACGCUGCGUUUAAGAAAUUUAGGGAGGACGAACACGUGGAGCUUGUUCGUUUUCGACACUUCCAGAGACUCAAGGCGGUUGGCCCAGACCCCGGGACUUACAUCCCCGGUGACAAACUUCCUGAAGACAAGCGAGCACAAGACGCCAAAAAACGAGAUCAAGAGAUGCUGAGGCUUGGCAAGGAUCCGUUUGAGCGGGAGUUGGAGGUAAUAGCAUACGUUAGGGGGUAUUAUCGCCUCGCGGCCUUGCGCUUUACUGAUGCCGUGUCUCAGCGCAUUAUGUGCAGCAUGAUUCCAGCUAUUCGACGCCAACUGCCGUACUGCUUGCAGGGCAAGCUAGGUAUUAGAGGUCCCGACGCAGCCAGUGUCUAUGAGAGGCUGAUGGAAGAAGACGAGACCACGGCUGGUAGGCGGGAGACGUUGAAGAGUGAGAAGGAUAAGUUUGUGAGAGCACUAGCCAGUAUCGAACUGCUCGAAAAUGGUGCAGCGGCCGCCGGCCCAAGCAAGUCAAUGUCUAGCAUGGCAAGUGGUAGCCAGACUGAGACGUCAGCGCAGAUGGUGGAGCCUUUGGAGUUGGACAGCCGCACUGAGGAAGAUGAGGUGUAG